CAUAUUGGAUUCAAAAAUGGGACUUCAAAAUUUUCUGAAAUAUAUUUCAUAAAUCUCCAAGUGAUUCAUUAUAUUUUAUGGUCAUGGAUAUUCACCUCGAUAUAAACAAUAUACAAGAAUAUUAAACAACUACAAUAUGCCUGGGGUGCCUGGUGUAACAUCCUACCCAAGCUCCAUUCGGAGCGGGUCACCGGUUGAUUAUGCCUGUAAGGUGCAGCAUCGUUCAGAUCUUCUCAUGGCAGACCAGAUUCUGUCUGUAAAGCAGUCGCAGGAUGCUUUGGAGACUGGUCUACAAGAGUUGAAGGAUGUUGGUCAACAUGAAGAUUCUGGUGUUAUGCAGUUCCACUUACACAGAGUUGAAGAAUUGAAGAUUCAAUCUGCUGAAGCUGUCUCUCUUUUACAGAUUGCUAAUAAGUUGAAUGUUGAGCUGGCAUAUGCAAGAGUGGACUUGGACAAAACCCUCAAGCAUGGCGGAGAUAUCAAUGGGGCUAGGAAAAGAAUACACUGGCUGGAAGACAGAAUGGAAAAAAUACUUGGGAGACAAAAACAAAGGAAUAUUAGACGUUUGAUUGAGACCAUAUCAGCUGAAAAGUCAGUGCGACGUGCCCAGCCUGUGGUGAAAUUCACUGGUGAUCGUGAUGACUCAUCGUCUUCUCCACAUAUGAUAGAGAGACCAGGAAUCAGUUAUGAUAACGAAUCCUCAACACCGCAAACAAUGGAACGAGAAUACACAGACUUCAUAGGAUUUGGAAUUGGAGGCAAGGAGCUCUCCAGUAUGAGUGACCUAAAUGAAUCCACUAAUCGUACAAGUGACUUGAAUUUAUCAAAUCGACAGCUCCCUAAGUUGAAACAUAGACCAGCAAACUUAGAAUCUGAAUCUACAUUUGGAGAAAUCCCUCCACGGUCUAAAACUGAAUCCCCAAGAAGACGUAGGAAGAAGAAUUUUCGUAGACAGUCCACUGAACUAAGUGAUACAUUAGAGUUACCAAUAGCAAAAGGAAAAAAUGUUAAGAGAAGCCAGUCUGAUGCUGGAUACUAUCCCAAUAUGGACCACGUCCCUUCAACACUUUCUAAACACAACAGAGUUCACGAGAAAACUGAUUUAAGCCUGUAUCCUGCGAGCAGUGUAUCAGAAUUCAAAUCAGAAAAAAGUAUGAGUGAUUUAACAAGUUUAGUAUCAAAAAGAGAGAACACAUUUAGUAUGGUAUCUCCUAGAGAUAUGACCCAAAGUGUGCAGUCUCAAACCACAAGAAGUGAACCUCCCAGUAGGUUGUCAAAUGGUGAUGGGACGAGUACUCCUCUGAAGGAGUCUUAUGACAGUAUAAGAGAGAUACCACAUAGCCAAAUAACAGAAGAGGAUGAAUCAUCGAUUAUAAGGGUACCACCUAUAGAAAUUGAAAUAGAUGAAGCAGAAACACCAAGUCGAGCAACCAGUGGUUCUAGCACGUCACAUAGUGCUGCAAGUUCUAGUCACAUGACCUCUAAGUCAUCACGCAGCAGUGUGACGACAGUAACAAAGGACGGAGAUGCCACAAAGGAGAGAGAUGGGACGCUGACCCAUGAUGAAGCUGAAUCAAACUUUCAACCUGCAUUUGUGACAGAUGGCUCAUAUAUGUCAAUGAGAAGUGAAAGAAGUCAUGUGACUUUUGCUUCUCCGGAACCUUCUGAAGUGAUGAGACCGAAGCCUGUGUUGAAAGUCCCAGAUAGAGAUAGUGGUGUAGAGGACAAUGACGUUGAUCUAUCUGCUCAGUACUGGCACUCGGAGCAUCAUAGAUUUGCUUUUCACGAAUUGGCGGAUUUGUUACUUGAGAUUAACCCCACAUCAUACCACACUCUUGGUAUUCCCGUGCCAGGAACUUUUGUCCCGCAGCAUGACAGCAACCCUCAGUUGCCUUGGAGACCAAAGAGAAGAGCAAGUGACCUUACAGACAUACAUAAAAUUGCCUUAGACAAGUUAUCAACAAGGGUUCACAAGAUCUAUGACAAGAUACAUGAUGCAGCUAUGAUAUCAGUGGACCCCACAUUCAAACAAGAGGAAGGGACUCAACAGACAAGCUUUGUGCAACAGAUUGGAGACACCAGUCGAACAUCUACAGCUGUUUCUAGGCCUACAAUGGGUAAGCACACAGGGGUAGAUGUUCCUAGGCCCAGAACCGACCAGUCAGUACACCUGCCUCCCCUAUUCUCCCCUAGGCUGGGGACUAGCACCUCAGGCCGGAUCACAUACUACCCUGCUCCCAUACCACCCCCUGAGAAACUACCAAUCACAAAAGUUAACCGUGACCAGCAGUACCCAAGGGUGUCUGACUCAUUCAGUUGUUCCGUGCCAGGGGAGACUAAGCCAGCAGAGCGCAUUGUGAACCAGAGGAACUUGAAGAAAGAGACUCAGUUCACCUCCAGUCUAUAUAGGGGCAAGGCAAAGGCUAAAACACAGGCUAGCAUGCCUAAAGAAAAAUUAACAUUGAAGAAAUUCUCAAAAGCUCUGCAUAUGGGGAUAAAGGCAUUCAGUAACAUCCAACCUGUUCAAGAUAAAAUAUCAAAGUUGCCUAAGGAGAGAAAAGUUUCUGGAAGAACUCAAAGUUCUAGUGCCACCUAUACGUACACAACUGAUAGUGAUUCAGGCACUGAUGGGGAAAACGAUCAAGGUGGCCAGUGGAAGAAGAUGAAACCAAAGUCAAGUGCCCUGUCACACACAGGCUUGAAGUGGGAGAGGGUCAAGAGUAUAGUUCACAACAACCUGAUAUCAGAUAAUGUGGAACAGAGACAAGAUGCUGCAAGGCACCUGGGGGCACUCAACAGUGGGGACGCUAUGGUUAUGUUCGCAUUGAGGGAGAGAUUGGAGAAGGAUGAUGACGAGAGGGUGAAAUAUGAGGCCACAAAGUCUCUCUGUCUUCUAGGUUGCUGGGACAAUGACAUCCUUGGUCGGCUGGCUCGCUAUCUGAUCACUGGAAAUACUGAGAUACGCACUGAUAUUAUUAACACCAUCAGUCGAGGCAAGAAUGUACAGUUCGUAAGAAAGAGACUCCCAGCAUUUUCACAACUUCGCGAUGUCCUGGUUCACAUAUGUAAGAAUCCUGACCCCGCAGAUAUGUUGUCAUUUGAUGCUGCAGUAUGCCUUGGGAAACUAUGUGAACCACUGCAGGUAGCAAAGGAUCGACUUCUGCGUAUUCUUGAUGAAACAAAAGACACACACCAUAGACAAAAGGCUAUAUCAGUCCUGGUUGGUCAGUUGGCUUGUCGGGAGUGGAAGGUGGUUGAGUCAAUUGUCACUCAGGUGUGUGCUUCACCUGUCUGGAAGUACAGAGUAGAAGCUGCCAAGAUCCUGGCCAGUCUUGGGCCUAAAUAUGUCUGUAUUGAAAAGGAAACGGAGAAAAUCUAUGAGCAGCUAGAGAGGAGACUAUGGAAUGAUCCCAAUCAGGCUGUAAGGGAGGAGAUCUCAAAGACGUUACAAGCUCUGCAGCUGUUCACUAGAGCAUGUGAGAGAUUAGAAAAACGGCUGGAAGAUGCCAAUCCUGAUGUAAGAGCACAAUCAGUCAUCUCACUGGGAACAUUAGGUAUCCGCAAUGAGAAGAUACUGCGACUCUUACUAGAGAUGCUAGAAUUAGAUGUCAGUGAACAAGUCAGGAUACAGAUAAUCCGGACAUUUGCUCUGCUAGGUGUGGCGGACAAGAGAGUGUUGAGAAUGCUUAAAGAAAGAGAGAGAUAUGAAGGCACACUUGGAAGUGAAUCAGCAAAGGCACUGGUAACUAUAAAUAAGAAGAAAGAGCAUUUGAGGAUCUCUAUGGAAUCUCCUUGAAUAACAGUAAACAGCCUGUCCAGUUGUGUGGAAAGAUUUUUAGUGGAAAGGCUUAGAUACUCGAUCCAAGAAAUACUUUGCUAAUGGGAACAGUCAUAUGUUCACAAACUCUGUUGUGAGAAUCCGCUCUACUUUGGAGUUUGGAGUGCUCACUCUACUGUGUACUAGUAUUCACUCUUCUUUGUAGCACUCACUCUACUAUGCAGUACUCACUACGGUUUAGCACUCACUCAACUGUGCAGUAAUCACUCUAGUCUACUGUGUCUAUGUAGUAUGCACUCUACUCUGUAGUAUGCAAUCUACUAUGUGCUAUGCCUUUUGCUGUGAAGUAUACUAUUGUGAAUUACGAAUGCAAAACUCCAAGCAUAGAUGUUCAAAAAUCAAAAAAUACAAAAUAUCAAUUUGAUAUCUGACAAUAACCUAUCAUAUAGAGAUGUUGCCUAGCAUCUGUCUGAUUUGUUAUUCAAUAGCACAAACGAUCACCAUGGGCGUUAUUAACUACAAGCGAACAGAGAUGAUGUAUGUUAUCUUGGGGCUAUAAAAGGUGAUGUUAUGAACCUUAUAAAUCACAAUAAAGAGAUGACACUACUCUGAUAAUGAUAAUUAUUAUAGAUGAUAAUGUAUAAUGAUAAUCAUAUUACAUAAAAUAAAUCUUUAAAAAUAUGGUCAUUUAUUUUUAUAUUUUUUCAUGAAAAGUUAUAGUGCAUUAUACAUGCAUUUUUAUCCCAUCCAUAUUACAUAAAUGUAGCUGUAUCUACAAAUGUUCACUUCAGACGCACAUAUUUUAUGAUUGUUAUUAUACACUUGUCUUAUGUAAUUUAUAAAUCCUACUGUAUGUUUACACCCACUUUGUACAUUUCAUUCCGUCCAAGAUUCAAUUUUUAUAGAGAUUGUUGAAAAAUCCCAGAUUCUGGUUCUGUCUGAAUCUGGGUGAAUUUAUGUUACAAAUGUCAUCACUAAUGUAAAAAGUUAGUUGUAAUAAAUGUCAUUGUAUUUUUGUAUGGAAUAUUAAUUUUGUAUAUUUGGUAUUUUAUGAUAUAUAUGUGAUAUAUAUUGCACCUGCAUAUCGCGACCUGAAGCUCUACAUUGUCAUUCUAAUGGUCAAAUUAAAAGCUGAUAUAAAGCCAGGACGUAGUUAAUAGUAGACCAUUUCAAGCAUACAGAAUUCUUAAAAAGCGAUAGAUAAUUCAACAACUUUAUUGUUAUGGGUAAUUUGAUGUCAGUUCUAUAGUAAACACAUGUCAGACUUAUUUACAAAACGUCAUUUACCUGUUAUGAACCUAUUUCACCCAAAUUAACUCUCUUAUUUCUGAGUGUUAAUGAAAAGUACAUAAAAACGGUUACCAUAGCAACCUAAGGGUAGCGUUCCGAGAAUCACACUGAAUGUUCAAAUUGGCCGGGUAGUAAUAACAUAAAUUGAUAACACCCAAUAUGAGCAGUUCUGACAGCAGAGAUGUGGGGUAACAUCUAAAAAGAAGACGAGGCAUGAUUAAUUAGGGAGAUUUGAGUUAAAGGGGAAAUACUGUCAUAUAAGACUUUCUUCAUACUUUUUCAGUUCAAAAGUCCGA